GAGGUGCUGAUGAUGUUGGACAACUAUGUGCGGGACUUUAAAGCUCUGAUCGACUGGAUCCAGCUGCAGGAGAAGUUGGAGAAAACAGAUGCCCAGAACAGGUGAUCUAUCUAUGCCUAGGCUCUCUUCUCUUCUUUUCUCCCUCUGUCUCUCCCUCUCCCUUUCUCUCGCUCCCUGAGGGGAACCGCUAAGUGCCAUCUCUACUCCCUGGCUUUGAGUCACAAACACACUAGAUCAAUAGGCUUGCCUUGGCUGUAAUUCAAGGCGAUCCACCAGUUUAUUUGCUCCUCUUUAACACAAUGACCACAACACCCGUAAAUGAAUUAAGGUAUAAAAAUCCAAGUUUUUAAGUUGCCUCCCAAGUUUAAGUUGCCUCGAUCAGUCAACCUGAAACUUUUGUGUGUGUUUUUUGUGUUCCCAUAAAUUGAAUUGUUUUUAGCUAAAGUGAGAUACAAAUCGGCCGCUAUGGUACUACAGUAUAUUACAAGUUUAUGAAACAUUUAUUAUUUUAUUUGUCCUCUCUGAAUCUAGACCCACGUCUUUGGCAUGGGAAGUGCGUAAGAUGUCCCCAGGUCGUCAUGUGAUGCCCAGCCCGUCAUCUGACAGGAUCGUCCCCUCUCCUAGUGCUCGCCGUGCCCUCAACUUUGGGUAAGAUUUCUCCAUCUCAUUUCUGGUUCGGUUGACAGCCCUAAUCUCCACUGUUUCUGAUUUGAACUAAAAGUGCUUACCAUCAUGUUAAUGUAAUGACUGCCAGUCAUUAUGAACACACACCAUUAUACAGCAGUCAUCAGAAUCCCUCCUCACUUUACUCCCCAUCAGCACAUUCUGGGAAGCAGCAUGUCCUCUGUUUCCUCUCCGCUAUAUUACGUGUAAUACAGUCAGCCAUCAUUACAUGUUCACAGUUAGAGUAAAGGGAACACAAAUGCUAAUUUAACAAAAAGGCCAUUAAAACCUCUAAUUAAUAAAUCAAUGUGCAAUAUAAUGUGCCAACUGGUCUGGGUUGGUAGAGGCUGCUCUGUGAUCUGCUGGUAAGGGGAUUGAUUGCUGAUGUUGAGGCAUUUGUUUAAUGUAAUUUGUUGAGUCCCUCACUAGCCUCGCCACAGAAACGAUAAAAGUGUGGUUAAAGACUGCUGAAGCAUCAGUUCAAUAUGUGCAGUGCCCUGUAAUCGGAUGCUGCAGGAAAUGGGUAUUGAUCAUUAGGGAGGUUUGUAGACCCUGAGAGUGUUGGGAGGAAAGCCUGGGUCAGACACCAGCCUGGGAGAGGCAGAUGGAGCUGCUCACCUUAUGGUCAACUCUUAUUACUCUUGCUGGAGUAGUCAGUGACGUCACAGCCAUUGUUUAGAACAGUGUUCACCAACCGGUCGAUCUUCAAGGCAUUCCUAGUCGAUUUAUUUAUUUGUAUUUGUGUUACGCUGUUGGCGGUAGGUGCACUUGAUUCAGAGGCACUGCGCACCGGGUUGGCAACGUGUUCCCAUUUUGAUCCACUUCAUUUGUCUGAAAAGCAGACCGGGAGAUCUGUGGCUAAAUCGAGUGCACCUACUGCGCUGGCCAAUCGGAUAGCUCAAAUCACCGUGCCUAUGGCUACCACGACCCCGGCCACAGUUUGAUACUAGCCUACCUGAGAUUUCAUAACUUUUAAAACCAUGACCGUAGAGAGACUGUCAAAGAAUAUAGCAAAGAGCUGCUGUUUUUAUGAGUGAGUUUGUCAAAUUUUUAUUCAACACUAUUACAAAACAUAAAACAUGCUUCUCCCUACUUCCACUCGUGCUGCAAUGAUUGAGUAGCCAAGUGUAUCGAUAGCCCUGCGUUUUUAUUAUUAGGAGCUUGUCGUGUCUAUUUAAAUAUUGAGGAAUAUUUCACUUUCUCUGGUCAUAGGAUCAACAUGAAUUUGUGCAUGAGGCAGAUGCGGUCCUACUCGAGUUUCGCCAUCAGGUGGAAGAUGGUAUCCCUUCUCUCUGAUCAGUCUCACCGGAGGAAAGGAAGGAGAGAGCAGGGACCGUGAGAGGCGGACACUCUGUUGCUCUCUCCCUCCCUCUGCUGAGAUUAAUGCCGUGUUCAAAACAACUGGUAACUCGGAAAUCUGCAACUUCAGUGCGUUCAAGACAACUGGAAACACUGGGAAAAAAACAAGCUCCCUCUGGGAAAAAUCUUUUUCAACGGUCAUCCUACUCAGAAUUCCAAGUCGGAAACUCUGGCAUCCUUCUAGAGCUUUGACUUUCCGAAGUACAGAGUUUAAUGCGUUCACAUAUAUCAAACGCCCCAAGCGUCAAAAGGAACAAGCUCAAGGGAAAACAUCCACCUUGGUAUAAAUACAAUAUUGAGUAGCUCAACCGAGCUAACAUGCUCUCACAAUAAACAAUCACUCACAAAGACAAGGGGAACAGAGGGAACACUUAUACACAUACUAUUUAGGGGAAUGAGCACCAGGUGUGUGUGAUUGACAAGACAUGACAAGUGGAGUGAUGAGAAUGAGAUCGGCAGUAGCUAGUACUCCGGUGACGACGAACGCCGAAGCCUGCCCGAACAAGGAGGAGGGGCAGCCUCGGUGGACAUCGUGACAGUUGACCUCGUUUUUUUUUUUCCAGAGUUUCCAGUUGGCUUGAAAGCACCAUGACCAUCAGUCCAGUAAACUAAAAAAGCACCAUGACCAUCAGAUACAGGUACCAUCAGUCCAGUAAAAUAAAAAAGCAAAUUAUUUAAAUUUAUGCUCAGCUGUGCGCCUCGCAAGUGCUACACCAACUGAUUUAUUUUGUUAUCAAAGCUCGAGUUUUGAAAUAUAUUAUGGUCUGAUAAGAACAAUAUUGGCAGGCCAGGCAGAUGGCCAAUAUGCUGUGAUAAUGUAUUAGGCCUACUGCACAAACGUCAUUCCUACAGAAAUGUUUUUAUUAGGUUCAUGUUAAGUUUUUUAAAUCUGAGCGGUAGAUCUGCGCUUGCUUUUUGACUGCUAAAGUGAUCUUGACUCUGAAAAGUUUGGUGACCACUGGUGUAAAAUGUACUGUUGGACCGGCAGUUGUGUAGAGGAGAGGCUGUGUCUAUCAAAACAAAUGAUUUACAUGAUCUCUGUGGUGAAAUGCUUCUGUGUAUGUUGACAUUGCUGUCUUCUGGUUUUGAGUGAUUUGUGUUUAUCUCUCCAGUGGUCCUCCACCCACACUGGCCGUAGCUCGUCUGUCCCACACAGGCCCCAGCUGGGCUGACCGGGUCAAGUCCUCCCAGUCCUCCCAGUCCAUUCCUGUCCCCAGCCAAGUCAACAACUGUCCCGCAGAGAAACCAGGUAAGCAGAGCCCCCGCAUGAAAUUUAGAGGCUGAACUAUAUGAUCCUUGUAGGCUGAACUAUAUGCCCCCGUGUAGCUCAGUUGGUAGAGCAUGGCGUUUGCAACGCCAGGGUUGUGGGUUCGUUUCCCACGGGGGGGCAGUAUGAAACAUGUAUGCACUCACUAACUGUAAGUCGCUCUGGAUAAGAGCGUCUGCUAAAUGACUAAAAUGUAAAUGUAAAUGUAAUCCUUACAUGGUUUGUGGGUCCUUUUAUAAUCAGUGCAUGUAAACCCCUCUCAAGGUGUGUAUCCUCUUCUGAUUGAUGUCUGUGGAGCAACACUUCUAAUGAGUCUGUGUGUCCUUCACUGUGUCCAGGUAAGAAGGACUCUGAGGGCUGGGAGACAGUCCAGCGUGGGCGUCCUGCACGGCCUCGCUCUGCCGCCAGCGUAGCCAAGGUCAGCCCGGUCCUGGCCCACAUCAGCCCUAAAGACGACAGCAACAAGGAGAACUAG